GAAUAUGUUUACCAUGUGUUGUGCACGUAUAGCACUUGCUGCUGAAUUCGAGGAAAAAAAGAGAGUGGAAACUCUUUGCAACUGUUGCCACUCAAAUAGGCAUACACUUUCUCGCCUCUUGGAAAAUAGUUGUGCACAACUUUUAUGUUUCAUUUAUGCUCUGUAGUCGUUUACACACAAGAACGAUGAGCCUGAGAGAUGGGCGACUGUGUAUCUAAGACUCUAGGACAAAUUAAUAGAUCUCCGGAGGGAUGCAAAGAGGCGUGAUGUUAUCCUGCAGGAACUUUCCUCACAAGAGCCAGUCAAAUCGAUCUACUCCUUUAUCAUGAAGCUCCACUCGAAAACCUCAAGUCAAUCAUCUUCAACCUCUCUGACCUGCUUUCCUAUAAGCGCGACAAAACCUUUCGAGAACUUUUCCACCAGAAUCUCGUCGAGUGCCAAUUGUCUUCCCUCAACCUGUUCGAAACACCUGAACCGAAGAACCAAAGACCAGAGCGAGAAGUGCAAAUAUUGUUGAGAUCUCGGGGGGCUUCUAUCUCAAUUUAGGCCCUCGACACACAAUUCAAUUAUAAUUGUAGGUUGAGGCUAGAGCUUGCUACCUGUGCUUGUUGAUCGGGCGAUCAUCUCGGAGGGGAAGACUUGGUUCUUGCUUCCUCCAUUCUGAUUUUAAACAUUUUAAACCAUGCUCAUGGAUAUUGUUUUUCAUUAUGGAGCCUGCGUGCUCGUGUUUGCCCCGUGUGGCACUUGUAUCCAAACUAUGAUUUCCGCUGCGUAUUCAAUUACUUAUUAUAUAUGUUUAUGGAUGACUUAUGUGUGAAUGAUAUUCGAGACGCCUUGUAUGAUAUGGAUGAAUUGGACUGCGGUUGACUAUUCAUAUUGUACGGCGGGUUGUUGACGUGUCCGGAUAGGUCCAGGGCGUGACAGGGUUUAUCAAGCACCCGAUGAGGCACCGUCCGGGGCACGUGCUUGUUCAUCUUGAUGCUUUGGCUGCUGGGCUCCGCUUCCCUUUUCAUCCAUUUAUUGUGGAAUUCUUGCGCCGGAUCUCUGUACUCCCCGCUCAGUUCGUACCGAGCACCUACCGCUUUCUGAAUGGUUUUAUCAUUCGAUGCCAAGAACUGAAGAUCACACCAAAUGUUGAUUUAUUCCUGUAUCAUUACUGCUAUUAGCCCUACUGGACCACCGGGUACUUGAAGUUGGUGGCUCGAGCCGAUCGUCAGCUAUUUACGGAGAACCCCACCGCACCGGCCAACUGGGAAGAGCAGUUUCUUUUUGUCCGCGUAGGCGUUCCGCUUCCAUUUCUCGAUCGGUGAAAUGCUUACCCAGUUCGGGAUUUUGAACCUAUGCUGGAUGCUAUUCUUCUUUCACAAUCCGAAUCUCUGCAUCUGGGAGGUUCUAGAAAUCUUCGAUCUUUCAUUACUUCUUACAGGAUGCUGGCCGCUGGAAUUGGUGUGAUUCCUCUUGCUGCCGCUCGACAUCCCACACCUACCACUACUCUGUCUGCCUCCGCUGGGAAAGGCAAGGAAAAAAUGGUUGCUGGGGACCAGACAAAUGCUGAACAAGCCCGGAAGAGGCGCCGGGGAAAUGAUGGCAGCCAGCUUAUCCCGAUCGAUCACGUAGUUGAUUUGACCGGCCCAGACGCUGAGCCGAAAAAACCUGUUCUCCCUCCUCAGCCCAAGAAUCCAGUUCUUACUAAUAUGUCGUUCGAUGAUCGGAUGUUUGUGGAGUUCUCCAAUCUGGAGCCCCGGGCAGAGGGAAGAUACGUGUUCGGGCAGACACCAGCCUCCAUGUGGUGUAGUACUUCCUUGAAGGCUUCUCCCAAUUUUUCCAACCUGACCCAUUGGUCUGACUUGGUUGAGGCAGGUCAUCUAGAGGCUCUCAAGGCCGGAGUAUACUAUCACCAGGCUUUCCUGGCAGCCGAACAGGAGAUGAAACGCCUAGCCAGUGAUCGGGAUGAAGGUCAGAUGCUUCUAUCUGCCGCUCGUAAGCUGAUCACAGAUGUGCAGGACCAUGCUAAAAAAGGUGAGAGGACAAUGAGAUUAAUCCAUCUAUUUAUACUAACGAGGGGGGGUAUGAGGUGCUCCUUGCUGUUUGGUCGCAAAUCCAGCCACUUGGGUGCCCAUCCUCCCACUUGCUGAUGUCACACUCUAGCAUUUAAUGCACUUCGCCACUUGCCAAUGGUCCGUUGCCCGGCUUUCCCCGCGUCUUCUUGAGGUUUCACCAGUGUGAUGAGAGGUAAUUCUGACCAUUAUGACGGCAUGUUGAUUUUUUGGGUAAACUAGCUGGUUUGGGAAGACUUUUUGUUCAGAGUUUCCCACAGACGGCGCCAAUGUUGAGGUUAAGUCCCGUAGAUCCAAAAGCCCAACACAAACUUUGGAUAUUUCCGGAAAUGGAUCGUAAAUCAAAUGUAUAAGGAAAUAUAAAAGUUGAAGAAUAAUAAUGCUCAAGAGCCCACUUGUAUCAAGCAAUUUACUGAUUACACAAAGACUUCCCGAACGGUACGUCGGAAUAGUGAUUAAUACAAGAACAACUGGCUAUUAUAUAUGUAUAAUAGGUGAUAGCUAUUUAAUUAUAUUUA